AUGGCUACGCUCCACAACACCGUCCGUCGCGCUUCGAUCGUCUCUGCAGCAUCACCCAGCGCUCAUGCAUUCAACACCCUGUCUAGGACUUCCUUGCCGCAGAGGACAGCCCAUCACUUCAACCCAUGGGGUUUGCAGGGACACCAUCACCAGCGCUUCAUGUCCACUUCUACUCAGCUCCAUAAUGGGUUCAUGAAGGCCUCUCCCCUGAGCUCCAUCAAGGCUACAACCGGCGUAUCCUCGAGGACAUUGAUCGCAGCCGGUGCGACGACGACAUGUAUCUUUGGACCGUUAAUUUGGGCGCGAGCCUUUGGGUCGUUCAGAAACGUUGCCCAUUGUGCUCCCGCAACUCCCAGCAACCCCAAACUAGCCAAUAUUGGACAGACACCGCCCUACAGCACUUCAAGGAUUCCCAACGAUAAGGACCCACUCAUCAACUCCAAGGAACUCACAUUCGGCGCCGCCAUGGGACUCUGCUCCGGUUAUCUGUUCAAGAAGCUUGGCAAGAUGUUUGUCCUCGUUGCAGGGUUGGGUUUCGUUUGCUUGCAAUUGCUUGCGAAUUCGGGCUAUGUCCAUGUGAACUGGAUCUUGAUCGAGUCGAGGUUCAAGGACAAGUUUGAUCUGGACAAGGAUGGAAAGGUCACGGUCAAUGACGCGAAGCAUGGAUUUAAUUGGAUCAUUGACCUCUUGACCAGGAACUUCCAGUUCAAGUCGACCUUUGCAGGAGGAUUCUACCUCGGCUUCCGAUAUGGAUAA